AUCUUGACUCCUACAAUUCCAUUUCUCUCAAAUACAUAUAUCUAUUCCUCGUUUACGCACUUCAUUAUGCAUAUUUUUAAUAAAAAAAUCAGUAUUUGUCUUUUCACUAUGCCACUGAUUACUGUCAAAACCCUAAUUCACUACAUUCUCCUCUUCCUUUAUUUGUUUUAACGUUUGAUUCAUUCCAUUGCCUCUUGUUGGAGAUCACCCUUCACAUUUAGGUCCAAUCUAGUUUGCGCGUUAGGCAUGGGGAAAGUUAAUGAUACUGUCAAUGCGAAUUCUACCGACUCUGUCAAAGAACCUGUCCCAGGGUCAAGCCUGGAAGCAAAACAGGAGGAUACUGAAAUCAAAGCUCAAGUUGAUGCCAUGUGGGAACAAAUGAAUAAAGGAGUAUCUAAUAAAAUCCUCAACAGAUUUACAAGCAAGCCUAUUUCCGCUCCGAAAAAAGCUGCAAAGAAGUCAUCUUCUAACUGGAUGUCUUAUUUGGGCUUGGAACCAAAGACAACAGAAUCACUUGGGCAAGGUGCUUCCAAGAAUGGACCUGGCAUGCUUCAAAGCAGUACCAGUGAUGAAGCCAAGAAGAUUGCUGCUGCUGCUCUUGCAGCAGCGAAAGAUGAUGCUGCCAUGGCUGCCUCAAGCAGGGGGAAACUUGUGAUUACUGAGGUUCGGGAUUUUGCUGGUCAAGACAUUGAAGUUAAAAAGCUUGUAGAUUCUGACUCGAAGGAGGCAAUGGAAAGAUCCAAAGCUCCUGCACCUUCUGCGGUGGAUGCUGUCCUCGAGCAGAUCAAGAAGAAACAGAGGCUUAGUGUACUUGAUAAGACGAAAAAGGACUGGGGAGAAUUUAAGGAAGAAAACAAGGGACUGGAAGUAGAGCUUGAUGCUUACAAGAAGAGUUCUAAUCAGUAUUUGGACAAGGUUUCUUUCUUGCAGCGAGCAGAUUACCGUGAGUUUGAGCGGGAGAGAGAUGCACGAUUGGCUUUGCAAGCCAGGAAGCGACCAGAUAAUAUGCAAGAGGAUGACUGAAGGUAGUUGAAAACUGGCGUUAUUGGAGCAUUAUGUAUGGUUUUGUAGUGAAUUGAUGGUCCAGGUGCUAUAGUUCCUGUGUAGGUCUUGGUCUCUCAAGAGGUAAAACUUAGAAGACCUUUGAUCACAUUAAUGAGGUUAGGGUAUGUUGCAUUUAGAGGAUCGAGAUUUGAGAUUUGAAAUGCUUCUCAAUGAUGUAGUACUCCAUGUGGGAGGGGAAAAUUGGGGGCUAGGGAGCGACAGUUGUAAAUUUUAGACUGACAAUUGUUCAUUACAUUCCUUGAGAGCCUCAAAGAAGACAUUUACUAAUCGCGAAAGGUAGUUUCAAAGAACUCAUUUUGUGUCCUGAUCAUUAUUUGGUUGUUUGAAUUCCUCUAAAGUAAUUCAAUCUUCUUAGUUUCAAGACA